AUGCGACGGGAGAAGCACGCGUCGGUGGCGCAAGCAGCCUCGAGUCUCACCCACUUCCUAGGACCCGUCGAUCCGCAGCUCAAGUCACUGGAAUCCUCCAUCUUAUCCGCAGCUAGCAGGUCAAAACCAAUCACUCAAAAUCGAACCAAAAUUUCCCUGAAAGAUUAUUGUAUCCUUAUCGAUUUUGCCUCCGAAAACCCGAUAUUUGACAGGCCGGCGACCCUCAGCCUUCUACAGUAUAAUGGCCUGUUGAGAAUCUCGGAAGCCAUCAACCUGCGACAGGAAGAUGUUGUCGUGGAGGCCACAGGCAAAGCUGGCUCCAUCUUCCUGGCACGAUCCAAGACCGACCAGAAAGGCAAAGGGACGUCCAUAAGCAUCUGCUUGACGAAAAACGAGUACACCAUCUACGAGAGACAUCGGCGGCUGUGCCAAGGUGCGUUGUUCUUGUUCCAGUCCGCCUCGACCGGUCGACCAAUCUCAUACUCCACGGCCAGCAAGGAACUAAAAUCUCUCUUCUCAAACGCAGGCCUUGCAGAAAGGAACUACACGAGCCACGCAUUCCGGGGAGGCGCGGCGUCGAACGCGGUGGAAGCCGGCAAGGACUCCGCCUCUGUCAUGAAGACCGGGCGAUGGAGGAGCCCCGCGGCAUUUGCGGCGUACCUAAGAAUGACAACGAUCAAGAACGCCGAAGGAUCGCACGGGCCGGAACAGAGCAACGACAUCGAAGAAAUUCACGAACCACAACCAGCACUCGGCACGAGAACGUUUGACACAAGCAAAACCUCACUCCUGUAA